AUGCUACUACGCUCGAUAACGUUCAUAGCCCCAAAGAGGGGCAUCGGGGUCAGAGGGGUACAUGAUUUUAUCAGGGGACCAACUCCAGGUGGUACGUAUAAAGUACCACUGAACAAUCCCAAGAUCAUAGGUGUAUAUUCAUCAAGAGGAAGUAGAGAGUAUCAAGAAGAUGCUGCCGUAGUGGGAUCUUUACAAUUACCUUCAUCUGAACUCCAGACUACUCUGAGAAAGCUAAAGUCUCCUGUUGAGUGGGAGCCCUCCACUGCAGGGUCGGAGUUCUUGGCUGGACAGGUAGCUGCUUUUGGGAUAUUUGAUGGCCACGGUGGUAAAGAAGUAUCGGCCUAUCUCAAAGACAACCUAUUCCAGCAGAUCGAAUCCGUCUCUUCAUCCGAUAUCCCAGAUCUAGUAGAAUGGACCAAAAAGAGACACGCGGGGUACUUCAAACGGUGGAGGGGCGGGGCAUUAUCGCGUUGGACAAGGUUCGCUUCGAACGGUCAGAAACCCGCUGAAGGCGAAUCGAUGACUUUGGAAGAAAGAUUGACCACGGCAUUUUUAAGUGCAGACAAAGUGGUAUUGGAAGAUAUAGAAAAAAGCAAGAGAUGUGGAUCGACAGCAUCGGUCGUCUUGCUCCAUUCGCUAGAUGAACCUGCUCAACCAUAUUGGGCAGCUAAGAAGUUGAGUCUAACAGUAGCGCAUUGUGGGGAUACUCGUGCACUGCUAUGCCAUCAACCUACGGGCCAAGUGAUCCCUCUCACCGAAAAGCACCAUGCGGAAUCCCGAGUAGAAGCCAGCAGGCUGAGAAGGAUGGGAGCCGAAUUGUUGGUUUCGGACAGUUUCGGUGAGAGUAGAUGGAUGGGUGUAGUGGAGAAUACCCGAGGCUUUGGCGAUGGUGAAUGGAAACCUUCAGGAGUGACUGUUGAGCCAGAGGUAACCAGUAGAGUGAUAGAUGGCCAUGAACACUCUUACCUGAUCCUACUCACCGACGGUCUGACUUCCCUUCUCUCAGAUCAAGAACUAGUGGACCUCAUCAGACACUCGUUCGACCCUACGCGAGCAGCAAAGACAAUCGUCCAUUUCGCUGAAGAUCUGGGUGCGUCGGACAACUGUACAGCCGUCGUGGUACCUCUACAUGGAUGGGGUCAUGUAGGUGGAGAAGAUACGACGAAAGAGAGGAGGGAGUGGAGGAGAAGGAGGUUUGGAGAGAUGAACACUAGGAUGCAGAGGAUGUGA